CAUAACCAUAAUCGUAAUCUGAGUACGAAACCACUGCCCAACCCACCACCAGCCCUCCAUCUUCCCAUUUCCCAUUCCCCAUAUACCGCAUAACCAUAUAAUUCUCAACAUACAAACACAAUGCUCUUCAGCACGACCAUAACAUUCCUCACCGGCCUCGGCCUGUCUGGCCUCGCAACUGCCGCCCCAACAUCUAACCCACCCACCCCUAACACCCUUGAAGCCCGCGGCCGAUACGCACAAGCCGCAUCCCUGGCUACCUGGGAACAAGGCUGCUAUUCUAAAGCGCAGCAUGACGUUACGGUGCCGGAUGGGACUUGCUACCACCUCCCGAAUGACUGGAUGACGCUGUGGUGGUUGAAUGAUGGUUGUACCGUGCGGCUCUUCGAGGGCGAGAAUUGCUCAUUGAGUUGGUAUAGCGUCAGGCGCGAUAACGAGAAUCAGUGUAUUGAUAUUCGGAGGAGGUUUUCGUAUCAGGUAUACUGUUGAUUGAGAGGAGAGGCGGGAAUGGUUCUGAAAUUUGAUGUUUUGGUGAACAUACUUCUGGCUGAUGAUAGGUUUCGCCUUGUACAUAUUGAUCUUCUUUUGUUUUAUGGUUGAGUUUGUU